AUGACUCCCGCUGCGCCGGUGGUCCUGCUGCUGCUGGGGCUCAUGGGCGCCCACGCCACGCUGCCAGCAGUGCCCUCUCUCGCGGAACUCCGCACUGCCGCCGCAAUGGCGGCCGGUCUGUGCAAGACCCGCCCCACGGACCUAGUGUUCAUCGUGGACAGCAGUCGCAGCGUGCGACCCUCAGAGUUCGAGCAGGUCAAAGUGUUCCUGGCCAAGGUCAUCGAGGGUCUGGACGUCGGGCCCAACGCCACCCGCGUCGGAGUGGUGAACUACGCCAGCCGGGUGAAGAGCGAGGUGUCGCUGAAGACCUACCGCACCAAGGCAGGUCUGGUGAAGGCUGUGACCAAGAUCGAACCCCUGUCCACGGGAACCAUGACCGGUCUGGCCAUCCAGUUUGCCCUCAACGUGGCCUUCAGCGAAAGCGAGGGUGCUCGGGUCAAGUCCCCUGACAUCAGCAAGGUGGCCAUCAUCGUGACGGACGGGCGGCCCCAGGACAACGUGAAGGAGGUGGCCCAGCGCGCCCGCGACGCCGGCAUCGAGCUGUUCUCCAUCGGCGUGGGCCGCGUGGACAUGAACACCCUGAGGCAGAUGGCCAGCGAGCCCCUGGACGACCACGUGGACUACGUGGAGAGCUACAGCGUCAUCGAGAAGCUCACCAAGAAGUUCCAGGAGGCCUUCUGUGUGUCGGACCUGUGUGCGACCGGUGAUCAUGACUGUGAGCAGGUAUGCAUCAGCACCCCGGGAUCAUUCAAGUGUGCCUGCAAAGACGGCUUUACCCUCCUGGAUGACGGCCGCAGCUGUAGUGCAUGCAGCGGCGCCGCCACAGACGUGGUGUUCGUGAUCGACGGUUCCAAGAGCGUGCGGCCCGAGAACUUUGAGCUGGUGAAGAAGUGGAUCAACCAGAUCGUAGACAAGCUAGACGUCUCCGAGGCCAAGACCCAUGUAGGGCUGGUGCAGUACUCCAGCUCCGUCAAGCAGGAGUUCCCACUGGGGCGCUUCAACAACAAGAAGGACCUGAAGGACGCGGUGAAGAAGAUGGCCUACAUGGAGCGGGGGACCAUGACGGGCCAGGCCCUCCGCUACCUGUCCGACCACAGCUUCAACCCCAGCCAAGGCUCCCGCCCAGGGGUCGCCAAGGUGGGCAUCGUCUUCACCGACGGCCGCAGCCAGGACUACAUCGGAGACGCUGCCAAGAAGGCCAAGGAGAACGGAUUCAAGAUGUACGCUGUGGGAGUGGGCAACGCUGUGGAGGACGAGCUGAAGGAGAUCGCCUCAGAGCCCACGGGGGAGCACUACUUCUACACGGCCGACUUCAAGACCAUGACCCAGAUCGCAAAGAAGCUGCAGAUCAACAUCUGCGAAGAGGAGGACCCGUGCGAAUGUGAUUCCCUUGUAAAGUUCCAGAAAAAAGUGGAGGAAGCACUCCAGGCACUGACAAAAAAACAUAUCCUUUACCUGCAGUCGGAGGAAUGGUGGUAA